UUCAAAGGAAAACACAAGAGUCCUUUUCCCAAUCGCACGCGCCUCCUCUCAAGUCUCAAAUAAUAGAUAGACUCUAAGCAAUGAUGUUAACACUUCACCCCUUUUGGGCUGUUUAGUAACAUCAUUCCAUACAUUUCUCUCUAGGCCCUACCUUUGUGUCCGCUACUCUCUCUACCCCUUCCUUUUUUCUCACCCUUUUGAAAUUUGAGCAGUAGCACUGUUGCUACACAACAACAUCAUGAACAUGAACAUGAACACUAAGAGCAGGUUGAUCACCCUUUGGGUUGUGCUCUAUUUUUGUUCCAUCACAAACUCACUAGCUGCUUCAAAGCAGUGCCAUUUCCCUGCCAUCUUCAACUUUGGUGACUCCAAUUCAGACACUGGAGGUCUCUCUGCUGCCUUUGGACAAGCUGGUCCUCCUCAUGGAGAGUCCUACUUCCAUCACCCUGCUGGCCGUUACUGUGAUGGCCGUCUCAUUGUUGAUUUCUUAGCCAAGAAGCUGGGGCUGCCUUAUUUGAGUGCAUUUCUUGAUUCUGUUGGGUCAAAUUAUAGCCAUGGAGCCAACUUUGCAACUGCUGGAUCCACCAUUAGACCCCAGAACACAACCCUUCAUCAGACUGGUGGUUUCAGCCCUUUCUCUUUGGAUGUUCAAUUCAAUCAAUUCAGUGAUUUCCAGCGCAGGACACAAUUUUUUCACAACAAAGGUGGAGUAUAUAAAACAUUGUUACCGAAAGCAGAAGAUUUUUCUCAAGCAUUAUACACGUUUGAUAUUGGUCAAAAUGACUUGGCAUCCGGUUACUUCCACAACAUGUCCACGGAUCAAGUUAAAGCUUAUGUUCCAGAUGUUUUGGCUCAAUUCAAGAAUGUAAUCAAGUAUGUAUAUAAUCAUGGAGGAAGGUCAUUUUGGGUUCACAACACGGGUCCCGUUGGUUGUUUACCAUACAUCAUGGAUCUUCACCCAGUAAAACCAUCAUUAGUGGACAAAGCAGGAUGUGCAACCCCUUAUAAUGAAGUGGCCAAGUUCUUCAAUAGUAAAUUGAAAGAAGUUGUGGUUCAACUCAGAAAAGAACUUCCUUUGGCUGCCAUCACUUAUGUUGAUGUUUACUCGGUGAAGUACUCUCUCAUUAGUCAACCAAAGAAGCAUGGUUUUGAGGAGCCAUUAAGAGCAUGUUGUGGGCAUGGUGGGAAGUACAACUACAAUUUACACAUUGGAUGUGGUGCUAAGAUUAAGGCUCAUGGCAAGGAGAUUCUGGUUGGAAAGCCAUGCAAGGAUCCGUCUGUUUGGGUUAAUUGGGAUGGUGUGCAUUACACUCAGGCUGCUAACAAAUGGGUGUUUGAUCAGAUUUUUGAUGGUUCAUUUUCUGAUCCACCUAUUCCUUUGAACAUGGCUUGUCAUAAGCAUCUUUAAAAGAAAGGGUGCUAAAACCUUUGUCCUCUUCUCUCUGUAUCUUCCCUCCUAAUUUUGUGUUUCCUAGAAAAUAUUCUUUAGGAAAAAAGAAACAAAAAUGUUCACACAUCUUCUCUAUUAAUUUUGAGAAAAAUCUCUAAGUUGAUAGGGUCUUAUUGGAGGAAUAAAAUUGAGAACAGAGGAUUUGAGUCAUGCAUGGUGAUGAGGAGUGAGUUCACACUUGUAAUCUUCACUGAUUGCGGAGGUUUCCUUUCUUUUUUACUGAAUAAUAGAGCUUGAAUUGUUUGCUUA